GGCUGCGGCGCUUCUCCUCGUUCCCACGAGAGGAAAGUUUCCUCCAGACUUUUCCGGCCGGCCCACGCCCUCCGGGCCCAGCUCCCGAGCCUUCGGAGCGGGCGCCGUCCCAGCCCGGCUCCGGGGAGACCCGCGCCGCGAUGCCUGGGGGGCGCUCCCGGGGCCCCGCCGCCGGGGACGGGCGGCUGCGGCUGGCGCGCCUGGCGCUGCUGCUCCUGGGCUGGGUCUCCUCGCCCGCGCUCACCCCCUCGGCGGCCUCCUCCACCUCCCCGGCGCCGUCCCCGGCCUCCGCCGCGUCCGCCCCGCCGCCGCCGCCCGGCCGAUGCCCCCCACCGUGCGAGUGCUCCGAGGCGGCGCGCACCGUCAAGUGCGUCAACCGCAACCUGACCGAGGUGCCCGCCGAGCUGCCCCCCUACGUGCGCAACCUCUUCCUCACCGGCGCCCAGCUGGCCGUGCUCCCCGCCGCCGCCUUCGCCCGCCGGCCGCCGCUGGCCGAGCUGGCGGCGCUCAACCUCAGCGGCAGCCGCCUGGAGGAGGUGCGCGCCGGCGCCUUCGAGCAUCUGCCCAGCCUGCGCCAGCUCGACCUCAGCCACAACCCGCUGGCCCGCCUCAGCCCCUUCGCCUUCUCGGGCAGCAACGCCAGCGUCUCGGCCCCCAGCCCCCUGCUGGAACUGAUGCUCAACCACAUCGUGCCCCCUGCCAAAGAGCUGCAGAACCGGAGCUUCGAGGGCAUAGUGGCGACCGCCCUGCGAGCGGGCCACGCGCUGCGCGGCCUCCGCCGCCUGGAGCUGGCCAGCAACCACCUCCUCUACCUGCCCCGGGACCUCCUGGCCCACCUGCCUGGCCUCAGGCACCUGGACCUGCGCGACAACUCCCUGGUGAGCCUGACCCACGUGUCCUUCCGCAACCUGACACACUUAGAAAGCCUCCACCUGGAGGACAACGCCCUCAAGGUCCUCCACAACGGCACGCUGGCAGAGUUGCAAGGCCUGCCCCACGUCAGGGUCUUCCUGGACAACAAUCCCUGGGUGUGCGACUGCCACAUGGUGGACAUGGUGGCCUGGCUCAAGGAGACAGAGGUAGUGCAGGGCAAAGCCAGGCUCACCUGUGCCUUCCCGGAAAAAAUGAGGAAUCGGGUCCUCUUGGAACUCAACAGCUCCGACCUGGACUGUGACCCUAUCCUUCCACCAUCCUUGCAGACUUCUUACGUCUUCCUAGGUAUUGUCUUAGCCCUGAUAGGUGCCAUUUUCCUGCUCGUUUUGUAUUUGAACCGCAAGGGGAUAAAAAAGUGGAUGCAUAACAUCAGAGACGCCUGCAGAGAUCACAUGGAAGGGUAUCAUUACAGAUACGAAAUCAAUGCGGACCCCAGGUUAACAAACCUCAGUUCUAAUUCGGAUGUCUGAGAAACAUUCGAGGACCAGACAAGGACAACUAUGCAUGAGAUGUAGGCUUAAGCUUUAUCCCGUCCUGGGCUUGCUCCACCUGCACCCUCCGCUGGAGACACCACUGACCUUGACUGAAAGCCAUGAGAGGAGUUGGCUCCCUUGUUAUGUAAAGUUCUUGGUGUGGAUGAACAACUGUGCAUAGUGUUUUACCCUCUUCCUUUUCUUGGAACUCCUCAACACGUGUGGAGGGAUUUUUCAAUUUUCAGCAUGAAUAUGGACUCCUGGCUGGCUGUUUCUCUUAGUACAGUUCAAGGUGUAGCAAGUGUACCCAUACAGAUAGCAUUCAACAAAAGCUGCCUCAACUUUUUUGAGAAAAAUAUUUUAUUCAUAAAUAUCAGUUUUAUUCUCAUGUACCAGAAUUGUGGAGAAAAUGAUUGCAUCCCCUAAACUGCCUGCAGACCUUAGCAAGCUCUUCAAAGUAACUCCGUAGUACACGGGAGCACCUGCAUCCGAGAGCAUGCUUACAUUUUACUGUUCUGCAUAUUACAAAAAAAUAACUUGCAACUUCAGAUAACUUCUUUGACAAAGUAAAUUACUUUUUUGAUUGCAGUUUAUAUGAAACUAUACUGAAGUUUUUUUAUAAACUGCAUUGAGAUCCAACAGACUAAAUUGUUAAAAAAAAUUCAAUAAAGAUUCUUAAAAGAAUUA